CACAAGACGUCCCAGGUGAUAGAGAUGGUGAGAUGAGUUCCAAAAGGUGCCGCACGGAGGAAACUAAAAUCUGUGAGAAAUGCUGUGCAGAAUUCUUUGUUCUCUCUGAAUUCCUUGAGCAUAAGAAAAAUUGCACUAAAAAUCCGCCUGUUCUAAUCAUGAAUGACAGUGAGGGAACAGUCCCCCCCGAGACCUUCUCCGAGGCUUCUCUGGGGACCUUCCCAAGCGACCGAAUGGACAGCAGGACACGCAAGGACGUUCAGGCAAAGGGCUGCACUGGUUCUGUGGAAAAGAGAGAAGGAAAAAUGGAUGCAGAAGCAGUAGGAGGAAUGUACCUCAAAAUAGAACCCCCUGUGACACCUGCGGCCCCUCCCGGACUAAGCUAUCUACCAAAACCCAAAGUACCAAACACUAAUGUGACUUUGCAGACGAUACGUGGCACGAAAGUGGCUGUGAACCAGCGAACCUCGGAUGCCAUCUCUUCCUCGGCAGCCACUUUCAAUGCCAUCCCCAUGAUCCUGGAGCAGCUCGUGUGUCUGCAGCAGCAGCAGCUGCAGCAGAUCCAGCUGACGGAGCAGAUCCGCAUUCAGAUCGCCAUGAUGGCUCCCCACGCCCUCCAUCCUUCCAUCGCUGCUGCUGCUGACCCGCUCAAAGCUCUGGGCGCCCACAUGUCCCAGCAGCUCUCGGCCGCCGUGGCUUUGAUCGGACAGAAAGCUGGAAGCCAGAGCCUAUCCCUGGAAUCCUUGAAGCAAGGAAAACUACCUCAUGCUAACACUGGCAUUGCAGCCGCCAGCUCGCUGGCUGCUGGGCUCUCCUCCUCCUUCCCCCUGAAGCCAGAGGUGAGCCGGAGCCUCCCUGGCGCCAUGACUCAAUUCCCAAAUCCUUUGCUACCUCAGACCUCCAACUCCGUCAUCUUCCAAAAUCCACUCGCAGCCGUUUCCUCUGUGAUGGAUUCCUCCAAGAAGGGGAAGGGGAAACCUCCCAACAUCAGCGUGGCUGAAAGCAAACCGAGCGCGGAAGAGCCGUUCUUCAAACACAAGUGCAAGUUCUGUGGGAAGGUCUUCGGCAACGACAGCGCUCUGCAGAUCCACCUGCGCUCCCACACCGGGGAGAGGCCCUACAAGUGUAACAUCUGUGGGAAUCGCUUCACGACCAAAGGAAACCUCAAAGUGCAUUUCCAGCGUCACAAAGACAAGUACCCCCACAUAAAGAUGAAUCCUUACCCAGUUCCCGAGCACCUGGACAAUGUUCCCACUAGCACUGGAAUCCCCUACGGGAUGUCUGUGCCGCUGGAUGAGUCUAACCUAAUUGUGGAUAGCAAACCUCUCCUAACAACUCUGCCUACCUCUGUGGCCACGGGUGCAUCUCAGACCAUCUCCAGCCUGGCUGGCAUUAAGGAGUCUCUGCCUGGUACAUUCUCAAGUGAUCUGCAGCCAAGGCCAUCUCCAGAAAGCGAGGGUGGCUCCUCCUCAUCGGGGGCGGUCGGUCACGAGUCAGGAACGGAGCAGAGCUUGAGCUCACCACAAGCUGCCUGCAGCGUGAGCAUCUUCCACGUAAGUGGGUCAAACGAGCAAGGCUCGGAGACGUCGAAGCUCCAGCAGCUGGUUGAAAAUAUCGACAAAUCCACUGCUGACCCCAACGAGUGCCUGAUCUGCCACAGAGUGCUGAGCUGCCAGAGUUCUCUCAAAAUGCAUUACCGCACUCACACCGGAGAGAGGCCGUUCAAGUGUAAAAUCUGUGGCCGUGCCUUCUCCACUAAAGGGAACCUUAAAACCCAUUACGGCGUCCACCGGGCCAAUACUCCUCUGAAGAUGCAGCAUUCGUGCCCCAUUUGCCAGAAGAAGUUUACAAAUGCAGUUGUGCUGCAGCAGCAUAUCCGCAUGCACAUGGGGGGGCAGAUCCCCAACACACCCAUGCCAGAAAACACCUGUGACAGUGCUGAGGUGGAUCCCACUGUGGCUGAGAAGAACGGAGACCUCAGUCGCCCAGAUGAGACCGUGGAAUGCAUAGAGAUGGAAGAGGACGUAGACUCUCAGGAUGGCCCUAGGAGCUCUUCGAAACCUCCUACUCCAUAUGAUGCACAAUCAGAGUCACCAGCCACGACAACCUCUUUCUCUGGUGUUGCAGCACUGGAGAGUCAAAUGAAGAUUGUCACCUCUGCUUUGAAUUUGCAGCGGCAGAGCAGCUUGAAGUCUAGUGACAAUGGCUCAGCAGAAAGCGAUGGCAUGACAAAUGAUUCCUCCUCUGUGGCAGGAGAUCCAGAUUACCAGAACGGCAGGAGUCCUGCUGCCUCUGAGGCUGCGUCGCUGCAGGCUCUGUCCCCAGCCAACAGCCAAGCUGAGAGCGUCAGGUCAAAGUCACCUGCCUUCAACAGUCAGGAAGAUCCAGGCCCAGGAGGUAAAUCGGAGGGUGCUGAGAAUGCUCCUGCAGAGAUGGAAGGGAUUGUCGGGGCUUUGGAUUUAACUUACGGCAAUAUCGGUCGCAAGGUCAUUAAGGAAGAGCCUGGGUUACACUUUGCAAAUGGAGAGUAUGGUCGGAGUAGUAUUCCAGCUGCUUUUGUUAGAGCCCCCCCAACCCUCAUCAAAAUGGAGGUGCCCAGCGAUCGGCCCAUUAGCACUAGCCAUUUCCUCGGUCCACCAGCUCUGUCCCCUGGGGUCGCCCCUCUCCUCGUGCCACGGCCCAAGUUCUGCCGUCCUGCCAAACAGCACAUCUGCACUACGUGUGGGAAGAACUUCUCCUCUGCCAGUGCCCUGCAGAUCCAUGAACGCACCCAUACUGGUGAGAAGCCAUUUGCCUGCACCAUCUGUGGGAGGGCCUUUACCACAAAAGGAAACCUGAAGGUCCAUGUAGGAACUCACAUGUGGAAUAACUCUGCCAGGCGGGGAAGAAGGCUCUCCAUUGAUAACCCCAUGGCUCUGCUGGGGAACGAUCCCAAGAAGGUGUCGGAGAUGUUCCCAAAGGAUAUUAUGCCUCCCUCAGUGAGCAUUGACCCCACGGUGUGGAACCAGUAUGCAGCAGUGCUCAGCAACGGCAUCGCCGUGAAGACCAACGAGAUCUCGGUGAUCCAGAGCGGUGGUUUGCCCCCCCUGCCCGUCACCAUCGCGGGUGGCUCGGCCAGCAGCACUGCCACCGUCUCCAAACUAGACGGCACCCAGGCUGGGACUGCUUCCGAGGCCGAGAAGGCCAGUGGUGCUGCUGCAGACAAUGUGCCAAAACACCAGUUCCCUCACUUCAUGGAGGAGAACAAAAUCGCCGUUAGUUAAAAAAACCAAAAAACUCUAGUGAAGUUGACGUACGGGAAGAACAAAUAUAUAUAUACGCAAACAUAUAUUUUUAAGAGAUUCCACUUCGGCCUCCUAUUUUCCUAUUGACGUGCAAAUGAUUUUAUGGUUGUCUUUGUAAGAGUUGCCCAGAGUACAAUCAUGAUAUUGCUUUGCAAAUAGUAGCUAAUAAAGAAUAGGGUUUCCUCCUCUUUGGAACGAUGCGGGUCUUGCAAAGUACUGCUCACGUGGGACUUAAUGUGUACAGCCUUACACGAGUUUCUGCAACUUGAAAUUCCAAAGGUUAGAAUCUUUACCUCUUUUUGUUUAGAGUGCUACUUGGGGGUUUUGAAUCGAGUGGAAACAACCUACUGUUGCUGGAAAAGUUUCUGUUUCCUGGGGAGAAAUGAAAACUCUUGAUGCGGGUAAAUAGCCUCGAAUGUCUGCCACCCUCCCAGGGUGAGUUCUCUGUUUGGGUUUUUGGCUCUGUGUGGUUUCUGAAUGUACUUUUUAUGAGAAUGGCGAUUAAAAACUACGAACUUUUUUUUAAUUUUUUUUUUUUUUUGCCUCAGAAGUUCUAUGAGAAGCAAGUUGCUGUUUUCUUUUUUAGUCACUGCUCCUAAGGAAUUAAUUCUCUGUGUUGUUGACUGCUGCUUAUUUAAUACUACUCCUAGGACAGUCCUUCAAGUAUAGUGCCAAAACUCCUACUUCCAAAGAUGUGCAGUUUUUCCUAGAUGUUUUAUUUCAAUACCAAGAGCCCCAAACAAGCAUGGGUGGGUAUGUAUAUACUUUUUUUUUUUCCUCUCUUGAAAGGGAAGACUUGCCUUGGGAAGUCAGGUCUAAAGGCUCUGCAAGGAAUCUCAGGUGACUGUUGCAUUUGGGCAUGGGAACUGGUUUCCUUAGCAAGAGGCUUUUUGUUUGUGUUCUUUUUUGUUGGUUUUUUUUUUCAUUUGGGUAAUUUAGGAGAUCAGUCUGUGUAAACCUGUAUUUAAAUAUGAAGUAUUCAUGCUUAGGUUAAAUGUUUUGUGGGUUUUUGGAUGGCAUUCCUACUCUGGUCAUUAAGUUUCUUGGUGGUCUGUGAAGUAACAUUCUGCCAAAAUGGUAAUUAAUGAUCCGUGUGUGUUGUAUGAAGGUUGCUGGGAUAGUCAUCUGGAUUCUAAGUUAUCUACCUCAUUUUUUCCUUUUGUAGUUGUAGUGUCUAUUUUUCUAUUAAUGACCACUGUAAUGAACUGAGAUUCGAGCAGAUGCUUCCAUGCACUAUCUGAAACCAAAACCUGAUGUAUUAGUGGAAGCACCUGAAGAGUUACUGGACUGACCUUUCACUAUUCCUCUAACGCCUGCUGGAACUGGAUAUGUAGUGGGAUCUGAACCAGACUGGAAAGUGAGCAUUGGUGUGGAAGGACUGAAGGAUGGAAAGAAAUCUUAGCUGUUGACUGCAGGAAAUCUUCAAGUCCAGUCUCUGUUGUGGAAGGCCCCAAAAAUGCAGAUUACCAAAAGUUUGUGUAAUGUUGUUGCACCUGAUUCUUGCUUAUGAUCUCUGUAUGCCGAGUUGUGCCUUUCCUGCUGGACUUGUGAGUAAGAACAUACCAGUACCUGUUUACACUGUAAAAUGGAUAUUGUUACAUAGACCAUGCAAAAGGCAUCCCAAUUGUCACGUUUCUACAUUGUGAAUGUAUGACUUUUCAGAACUCUGUAGUUUUGAGUACCUACUGAUGCGUUUCUGUUGACAUUUUUGAGAAUAAAUUUUGGGAUGGCUUUUUCACA